UUUCAGAUGGCAGCAACGUGAUUGGAACUGAAGAGAACAGUUUUGACCGCAGCUAUGUAAAAAAGAAAUUGGAACAUGGGCUUUCACGAAUAUGGCAGGAUGUUCAACUGAAAGUGAAGACAUAUCUUCUGGGAACAGAUCUGUCUAACUUCAAAUACGAUGACUUCAUAUUUGUACUUGAUGUUAUCAGCAGGCUGAUGCAAGUUGGAGAAGAAUUUUGUGGCAGUAAGUCUGAAGUUUUGCAAGAAUCUAUCAGAAAACAAAGUGUUAACUAUUUCAAAACAUACCACAGAACCCGUCUUGAAGAAUUAAGAAUGUUUUUGGAGAAUGAGACCUGGGAACUUUGUCCUGUUAAAUCAAGCUUUAGUAUUCUGCAGCUUCAUGAAUUUAAGUUCAUGGAGCAGUCACGUUCCCCAUCUGUGUCACCUAGUAAGCAGCCUGCUUCAGCAAUUUCAACAACAGUAACGUUAUUUGAGCAGUACUGUAACGGAGGAAACCCAUUUGAAAUUCAGGCCGACAGCAAAGAUGAUGAGACAGAAGACGUGUUAGCUUCCAAUGGGUAUGAAUCAGAUGAACAAGAAAAAAGUGCAUAUCAAGAGUAUGAUAGCGACAGUGAUGUUCCUGAAGAGUUGAAAAGAGAUUAUGUUGAUGAGCAGACGGGAGAUGCCCCUGUGAAAAGUAUUUCUCGAGAAACUUUGAGGAGCAGAAAGAGAUCAGAUUAUAACCUCAAUAAAGUGAAUGCACCUAUCCUAACAAACACUACACUGAAUGUAAUAAGGCUUGUUGGGAAAUACAUGCAGAUGAUGAAUAUUCUGAAACCAAUAGCAUUUGAUGUGAUCCACUUCAUGUCCCAGCUCUUCGAUUACUAUCUGUAUGCAGUCUAUACAUUUUUUGGCCGAAAUGACACGUUUGAAUCAACAGGACUGGGCCUCAGUAGCAGCAGAUUACGCACCACGCUGAACAGAAUCCAGGAGAGUUUGAUCGAUCUGGAGGUCUCUGCUGAUCCCACAGGAACUCUCACAGCUGCUGAAGAGAGAAAGGAGAAGGUGCCAAGCCCACAUCUCAGUCAUCUUGUAGUUUUAACAUCUGGCAAUUCACUGUACGGUUUGGCAGAGAGAGUGGUGGCCACGGAAUCCUUGGUAUUUCUGGCUGAGCAGUUUGAGUUUCUUCAGCCUCAUCUUGAUGCAGUGAUGCCAGCUGCCAAGAAGCCUUUUCUUCAGCAAUUCUAUUCUCAGACAGUGUCAACUGCCAGUGAACUACGUAAACCAGUUUAUUGGAUUGUUGCUGCGAAAGCCAUUGAUUAUGAACAAAUGCUGCUUCUCAUGGCUAAUGUGAAAUGGGAUGUGAAGGAAAUCAUGUCACAACACAAUAUAUACGUAGAUGCUCUUUUAAAGGAAUUUGAAGAAUUUAACAGAAGGUUGAACGAGGUGUCUAAGAGAGUCCGUAUUCCACUGCCAGUCUCCAACAUCCUUUGGGAGCACUGCAUACGCUUGGCCAAUAGAACUCUUGUGGAAGGUUAUGCCAAUGUAAAGAAGUGCAGCAAUGAAGGUCGUGCCUUGAUGCAGCUGGACUUUCAACAAUUCUUAAUGAAACUGGAAAAGUUAACAGACAUUAGGCCUAUUCCAGAUAAAGAAUUUGUGGAGACCUACAUUAAAGCGUACUACCUAACAGAAAAUGACAUGGAACGCUGGAUAAAAGAACAUAGGGAAUAUUCCACUAAGCAGUUGACCAAUCUGGUGAAUGUUUGUCUGGGCUCCCACAUCAACAAAAAGGCAAGACAGAAGCUGCUAGCUGCUAUUGAUGACAUAGACAGACCUAAAAGAUAACUGGAGAAAGCGACUUUCCUUGUGACUUGUACUUUUUUCUGUUCAUGUGAAGCAUGCAGACAAAUCUCUCAUGGACUAAUGACAACAUUCUCUUAAAACACGUUGUGCAUGAUCUUUCUUACCAACAUUGGAGACACUCUAAGUGGCAUAAUGUUCUAAAAUAUGACUUUUCUAAUCUGUAGAAUUAUUUUCUGUUCUAUUUCUUUGUUUGUUAGUUUGUUUUUGUUACUUGCCCUUAGUAAAGGGCCACUGUUUGUGUAUCAUUGGUAAGCUGUAUAUUUUGCAAAACUGUAUACUGUAAGUAAAAUCAAAAUCAGAGAGAAACAUACUGGCUUAAUAUAUAGUUGAUGCUCUUUUUUACUAAAAGGGCUUGCAAAUAUGAUUUUUUUCCUCCUUGUUUUCACCCUCAGAAAUUGUGCUUCGUUGUGGACCACUGUAAAAUGAAAGGAAAUGUACAAUAUUUGAUUGAAGUAUCUUGCAUGUGGAUUAAGAGUGCAGAUCAACUAAAUACUCUCAUGUUAAAGCCUCUUAUCUUCAUAUGUAUUUAAAAAUGUCUGUUUAUUUCAGAAUUAAUUUUGUCAUAUCAAAAUGAUUGA